AUGUACUUGAAUAAAGAUGAUGAAAAAGACGAAGAGGAGGAGGAUAGCGAUGAUGAAGAAGAAAAAGAGCAGACACGAAAGAAAUCAAAAAAGAGAAAAGGUUCCGAAAAUGGAUUUAGUGCGCAAGACGAACAAUUAAUGAUGUUGACGAGGAAAUUGAUUGAAAUUCGUUCCAUUCUUAUGUCUAUCGACCAUAACGAAACCUUAAAGUUGCCUAGUAUCGUCGUCAUAGGCUCACAAAGUUCAGGCAAAAGCUCUGUAUUAGAAGCUAUUGUUGGGCAUGAAUUUCUUCCAAAAGGAAGCAAUAUGGUGACAAGAAGACCAAUUGAAUUAACACUGAUCUACACUCCAAAUCAAGAGGAAGAGUAUGGCGAGUUUCCCCAAUUAGGCUUAGGAAAGAUACACGAUUUCAAAAAGAUUCAAAAGACUUUGGUCGAUAUGAAUCUCGCUGUUUCGGAAGCUGAAUGUGUUUCGGACCAGCCUAUUGAGCUUCGUAUCUACUCUCCCAAUGUUCCAGAUUUGACGUUGAUCGAUUUACCUGGCUAUAUACAAAUUUCGAAUCGUAAUCAACCUGAAACACUGAAGAAGAGAAUCGAAGAGUUAUGUGAAAAAUACAUUAGAGGACCGAAUAUUAUACUUGCUGUUUGCAGUGCAAAUGUUGAUUUAGCCAAUUCUCCAGCUUUAAAAGCGAGCAGGAAGUGGGAUCCUUUGGGUUUACGAACCAUAGGCGUGAUCACGAAGAUGGAUCUUGUACCUGCGGAAGUCGGUGCGUCUAUUCUACGAAAUACUGAUUAUCCUUUACAUCUUGGUUACAUUGGUGUUGUAUGUAGGGCACCAAACAAUGUGAAAGACGUGAAUAUGACAAACGCAUUGAUAAAGAAUGAGGAGGCCUUUUUCAGGAGCAGUAUGAUAUUUGAUCAAAGGGACAUUCAAGUGGGCACAUCAAAUCUACGUAAUAAGUUGAUGAAUGUUUUAGAGCAGAGUAUGGGAAAAUCAUUGUACAGUAUUGUAGAUGCAGUGCAACGAGAGUUAGAGGAAGCCAGAUAUCAAUUCAAAGUGCAAUACAAUGAUAGAAGGGUUACAGCGGAAUCGUAUGUCGCAGAAACAAUGGAUAGUUUGAAGCACGAUUUUAAGGAUUUUGCAAACAAUUUUGGUAAACCGCAAGUCCGUCAUGAAGUACGGUCGAUGCUAGAACAACGGGUACUUGACAUUUGCGCAGAGCAGUAUUGGAGCGAUAAGAAAAUAACAGAGUUACCAAAAGCAUUACCAGACGAUAUUUACUGGUUGUACAAAGUCGAUUUUGCUGCUGCAGCUUUAACGAAAAGUGGCAUAGGAAGGGCCACGACCCAGUUGGUUGUUGAUGUUCUACUACAUAAUAUGGAUAGAUUGGCAAAUGCAGAGCCUUUCAAAUAUCACCCUGAGACACGAAAGCAGAUCAUGAAUUUUACAAGCGAAAUAUUGAGAUCAAAGUUCUUAACGACUAGCGACCAAGUUGAAAACACGAUAAAGCCAUACAAAUACGAGGUAGAGGUAACUGACAGCGAAUGGAAUGAUGGUGUAAAACGUUCUAUUAUUCUGUUAGAAAAAGAGUUAGAAAUGUGUGAAGCAAUGUCCAACUCCAUCAAGAAUUCCAUUGGGAAGAAAAAGUUGAAAAGUGCUAUCAACUACCUAUUAGAAAAAGAGAAAGACGAGCAUCGACGCGAAGAAAGUGCGAAAAAUUUGCAUGACAAUGAACAUCAACAGCAGCAAGUAUUAUCACUUGAAGAUGAAGACGAAGAAGAGGAAGUCGUGAAAUCCUUCUAUAAUCCAAAGCUAUUAGAAAAAGCCAAAGAUGCGAUUUAUUUACGUGAUAGAUCGAUGAUACUCAAAUAUAGAUUAGCAGCCUUGAAAAGUAGACAAUGCAAGAGUUCUGAAAACAAGCAAUAUUGCCCAGAAGCAUUUCUCAAUGUGGUGGCGGAAAAGUUAACUUAUACGGCUGUCAUGUUUAUUCAGGUUGAAUUGCUGAACGAAUUUUUCUUUCAGUUUCCUCGAGAAGUGGACAACAGACUUGUAUACAUUAUGGAUCGGAAGCAAAUCCAACAGUUUGCGAAAGAGAAUCCAUCGAUUCAGAAACAUUUGGACCUUUUGGAGCGCAAAAUGAAACUUGAAGAGGUCAUGGAUAAGCUGAAUUAUCUAGUUAAACGACAAGCCGAUAGACAGGGCCAUACUACUUCUUCAAAUACUUCACGGUAUCACUCAUAUAUUUGA